AUGGGGGGCCCUCAGAAAGUCCAGGUUUGGUCUAAAAAUGAUGACACCUUACUGCUAGAGUUUUCUUGGUGCCUUUUGGAAAUCCCAUCCACCGGAAAUCCCUGGCAGUCCCUAGACAUCGUGUUCCAGCUAGAGUCCCCAUCUAAUAAGGUGGUCGAGCCCUUCCAUAGCCAUGACGAUAUCUAUCUCCUCCAUCUUGACCACGAAACGCCCCCAAAAAGAUUAUACCAGAAUCUUUCGGCUCGUCCAAAGCAUUCCACGUGUAGCGAAACUUAUCGCCCCCUUGCAAAAGGGUAUAUAGUACGCUCAGACAUUGUUCCUCUGCGCCUUCGGGAUUCUCAAUACGUUGAGGCGGCAUUGUCUUUCGCUGAAACCCUUGAGAGUUACAGUGGCCGUUCAAUUGCACUUUCUGAUGCCAAUGACCUACCAGCACUCUUCUCCACCGCCACCGCCAGUCUCCUUCUGCGUCAUGAUUCCGAACGUGGUUCAAAUGCCGAGUUUGAAGCGUUGUCUCUGGCCGUGGAAUCGGAACUCGAGAACAGACUCUCAUUUCCCUGGAUAUUGCCUGGAGCGGCGAGACGCAGAACACUGGUGCUAGUUGACGGGAAUAGCGCACACCCCGACAAAUGUGGUACUGGGUAUGGCUUCUACCUUGUAGCCAUCGAGCUCGGCAUCAACCUAGUCGUGCUAGACAAUGCAGGACACUGGCUUGAAGGUCCCGACUAUGCACACUGGCGCGAAGCUUUUAUCCCCACCCGGUUGACCAACCCACCCGAAGAAGACUUGGCCAACCGAAUUGUCGAAUCCGUGAAGGCUUAUGGCAAGCCGGUGGAUGGCAUAAUCACUUUCGCUGACUCUUUCUGGGUCUACGUCGCUCGAGCCGCGCAGCAGUUGGGUCUUCAGACCUCUUCACAAGACGCGUUCAGAAUUGCCACGAACAAGUACCUGACAAGCGUAUUUGUCGGGAAUGAGGCCUAUUGCGCGUCUAGUCUGGACGAAGCUCUCGAUAUUGCUAAGAAACCCGAGCUUUCCUAUCCGCUCAUCGUUAAGCCUUGCGAUGGCUGGAGUUCGGAAGGAGUAUCCCGCGUCGAUUCCCUUGACGCGCUCACAAUGGCCAUCAAUGCCAUCGAUACGUCUCGCCACGGAUCCGAAUUUGUCAUAGAGAAAUACUGCGCUGGGCCAGAAAUUGAUGGCAACUUUGUCCUCCUAGACGGCAAGGUCCUUUUCUUCGAAGUCUGCGACGACUUCCCCAAGUCGGCCGACAUCAAUGGCCCCAGCGUAGGCUCACUCACCAUCUUCCACGAGUUGGACAGUGUAUACCUGUCAGCUCUACCAUCUCAGGAAAUAAAUCUGCUUCGCAACAGCUUCCUGGACACGCUACUUAAGCUAGGUCUCAAGGACGGCAUCAUGCAUCUGGAGGGCCGUGUCGAGUACUCGUCGGUUGAGUACAAACCAACGCAGAGCGGAGGUCUCGACCUGUGCCCUUGUGACGACACCAAUAAACCUACGAAGCAGCAGCCAACAGCCUGGCUCAUCGAAAUCAAUCCGCGUCCUCUCGGCAUGACGGGCUCACAGAUCGUCGAAUCCACCUAUGGAAUCGACUACUGGGGCCUGGCCUUGCUCAUCGCCGUAGACGACAAGCCUCGUGUUCACGCUCUUUCCCAACCGUUCAAACACGGGGCACAGCAUACCUGCAUCAUGGUCUUCAUUUCUACUGACUAUCCCUCCUCGUGCCAAGGCAUCUUUGACUCGGAGGACAUUUGCGCUGACUUGAUGGCCCGAAGACCAGAUCUUGCCAAACAUAUCAGUCGAUGCACGUGCCUUGUCAAGCGAGGACAGAAGGUGCCGCAUCCGAGUUCAGGCUUCAAUACCUUUCUGGCGUAUUUUAACGUUUUUUCGAGAGCGGGGAGGGACGAGGCGCUGAAUUUGGCAAGGCAGGUUAGGAAGGAGGUCCGUUAUUCGUUUGUUUGA